GACAACACCACUUCACUGCCGCUGAAGGUAACGUGGUGAUCAAACUCUUUAUUUUUUUUUAAUGAUUCCGUUAGCCUGGGAAUAGUGCUGUCAUUUAGUUUAUAAAUUUCAUUCCGGCUAAGAUGAAGAAUUCCGAUAGUGUUGAAGUAGAUUCUCUAAAAAGCGACAUUCUACGAGGAAAUCUCUCUAUCCAAAACAUUUUGCAUAAAAUACAAAAUCCUGACAUUACAGAAUCUGAUGUUGUGGUAUUGAAUUCAGAGUAUCGAUCAGAGUUCAAGCGGCUUAAACACUGCAUUGAUGAGUUUGAAAAGCUUGCUAAAGAUGAGGAUGAAGAUGGGGAACUUGCUGAAGAUGUCAGUCUCUUUAGAAAUCAGUUGACAAGCCUUCAAAGUGCAUUUCGCAAAGCUAAUGUACAAUGCCAACUCACUGUCAGCAUGAAAAACAAAGCAGAACUCUUUUACAGCAAUCCAGAGGAAAUGGAAAUAAGAUCCAGACAAACAAAAUCCAAAGAGGAACUUAUCAAGAUGUCAACUAAUGUGACAGCAAAUCUACGAAAUAUUAGUCAAUCCAUGGCAAGUGUACUGGAACAGAACAGGGGCACCCUAGAAGUACUAGCUCAAUCUUCUAACACAGUAUGUGACACCCAAGAUGAAUUUAAAGUGAUGGGCAGCACUUUAACUACGACCAAAAAACUGGUUUCUCGAUUCGGGAGGAGAGAAACCACAGAUUUAAUCUUAAUUAUUCUUGCUUUGGCCGCAUUUUUUGCCGCCUGUGUAUAUGUCAUUCAAAAGCGCAUGUUCUGAAGAAAAAUAGUUUAACCGA